CCUCUUCAACUUUAUAUAUACACACAUGCUUUCAUUGAGGAACAAUUAAAUAGAAACAAAAGAAAGAGACUCAACAAAUCAUCAUGUCUCAGUUCAAUCACAUGCAAGCAUAUGGUGGCAAUGCCAGCCCAACCAUGGAACAACUUCUUCGAGAAGGGGAUGCUUCGAGAUGGUCUCCAACACACGCAUCCCCAGUGCUCGUAAAGGACCACGACCCCGAAGAGAAUACCAAUCACCAUCAAAAGAAAUCGGUUUUCACCAAGGUGAAGGAAAAAGCAAAGAAACUGAGAUACUCUCUCAGCAACAAGAAGAGGCACGGUGAAGACGAGAACACUACGCCGUCGUGGGGUUAUAAUUUGGAUGAGGAUGAAGAUGAGGAGGAUGAUAUCGAUGCUGAAUAUCUUGGAGCCCCAAUGUAUGAAUCAGAGCUCGCGCCGGAGGACUGCAAAGAGAAUGCUAGGCAGCAUCCUCGAGCAGAUCCUGUGAUUGCUGAGAAUCAUGUCUUGGCAAAUACCAUAAAGCUUGCAUCUGGACAAGACGAAAAACCUUUCAACUCUACAGAGACGUCAUCUCAUAUGAUCGUCGGGUCGUCUCGUGGCAAUAGCAAGACAUCAACUGAAAUUACAACUGCAAAUAGCACCAUGAAGAAAAUACAAGAAAAUGAGAUUGCUAAGCCUUCUAGUCCAAGCAAGACACUAACUGAAGCUGUGACUGAGAAGUUGGCACCAGUUUAUUCCACUGUUACUGAUGCUACUCAUGCUAUUGCUUCAAAGAUUCAGAGCCUCACCGUCUCAGCUCCGUCCAACUCAUCAACUCGUUCUUCACCAUCAACUCCAAGAAAAGCUUCUUCCCCAACAAUUCAGAAGACAAGUUCUGACCCAACAGCUACACAAGCACCAAAGCUUGGUAAAGGAACUGAGCAGAUAUGGGAUAAAGGAGUUUCAGUAAAGGAGUACUUGAUGCACAAGUUUGAGCCAGGUGAAGAUGAGAGAGCACUUUCUCAGGUGUUGUCCGAUGCACUGAGUCCAAGAACAAAGCCUGGUGUAGGUGUGGUAGAGAAGAUGAGAGAAGCAGUCAAUUCUAUGUUGCGGGCUGGGGAGGUACAACAGCCAAAGGCUACACAUUUGAGUGCAAAAUCUUCGUCACAGGUUGAAGUGGCACCACAACCAGUGGCUGCACACUUGGUUCCGAAAUCUUCAUCAAGGGCUGAGAAGGCACCAGAGCCAGUGGCUGCAAAAUCAUUGGUGCGAGCUGAAGUGACACCACAACCAAUGGCUACUCAUUUGGCUGCAAAACCUUCAUCCUCGGUGGAGAAGGCACCACAGCCAGUGGCUGCAAAAUCUUCGUCACAUGCCGAGGUGGCACCACAAGCAAUUCUGGCAGUACAUUUGGCUGCAAAACCUUCAUCACAGGCCAAGGCAGCACCACAGGCAGUUCUGGCUACACAUUUUACUGCAAAACCUUCAUUACCAACGGAGGCGACACCACAACCAAUGGUUGCACAUUUAGCUCCAAAAUCUUCAACGAGCGCGCCAAUCUUUACCACCACUCAUAGAGUGGCUGAGGAAGAAAACCUUGAAAGAAUACUCCAAGCAAAUUAACGGAUAUAUGCAGCACAUCAGAAGUUCUAGACACAGACACCAAACAACAAAACAAUAAACAAUUUACAACUAUAGUUCCCUUCAUUUGUUUGAUUGAGUUCAGUUGUAUUGUACCAAUAAAAUACUUCUGCAGUAUUGUCUAUUUCAGAUUGACGUGAAGAAUGCAAGGGAUGCUUGUGUUCAAAUCUUAAUUUUCCUCAUACGUUUAGAAAUGUACUCUUACGGGUUUAUUUUGAACAUUUAAUAAGGAAUGUUUGUUUCUA